UGUAUAUAUAUGUAUAGCCUUUCCUUAAUCCUUAAUCCUUAAUCUCUGGUGAAUCGCAACUCGCAACAAUUGGCAGGUGAAAUUGUCGUAACGCCUUGAGCUAAAGCUGUCCAUCUACAAGAAUAAUCGAAUGGAAUCUACUGAACUACAAGACAUAGAUUUCUUUAGCUCUUUUUCCGAGCACACAAUACCAACUUUCUUCACUCCACGCACAAGCUCGCUCCGACCCGACUCCUUAUCCGAAGAUCCGGAUUCACCAAAGCCACAAAACCAAGACGAAGACGAGUACGUCGCCGAGUUGACUCGCCAGAUGACUAACUACAUGCUUCAAGACGAUGAAACGCAUCAAAAGUCUUGUCUUGGUGGCUCUGGCUCGCCGCAAUCGACUCUUUGGUCACCAUUCGCUUCCGGUUACAGCAGCCCAAUCGGUCCUUCCCGAGAACCAUCGCCGCCGCUAACUCCGGCGACGUCGGUGGACACGAAGCCGUUGAUGAUCCCUUUUCAAUCAAAACAAGCUUUAAUCGAUGACCAGAUCCGAUCUGUUCAAGCUAACUUCAACAAAAUCAAGAUGGAGAAAGAGAAGCAACGAAACGAUGACGUAUUGAGACUCAAAGCAAGGAACUACCACCACCAGCAGAGGACAAGGUCGGGCGUUAAAGCGGUGUUCGUUGACGGGUCGGGUUCGAAAACCGGGUCGGGUGGAACCGGAGUGUUCUUGCCACGUAGUCAUGGUACUGUUGUGGAGUCACGCAAGAAACCAGGAUGUUCAACAGUAAUAAUACCAGCAAGAGUAGUUGAAGCCUUGAAAGUUCACUUUGACAAAUUGGGUGUUCCUUCAACAUUCUCUUCUGAUAUCCCUCCUUUUCAUGAUGCUUUGUUGGUGUCCAUGAAGAACAAUAACAACAAAAGUAACAACAGUAGUUCAUCAACUCGGGCACAAAGUGGACCACCGUACAUGGCGAAGACGUUAGCCGAGAGCCACCAAGACUCACCGGCGGAUUUGCCACAGGAAUGGACGUACUGAUCGAACAAUGGCACAUGCUAUUUGGUUGCUGAAGUUAUAGGUUUUUAAAAGGUAGUGUCUCGUCGGAUUGAUUAUUUUAUAGUGGGGUCAGAAUAUAAAAUAAAAAUAAAAAGCUUUCAAAAACUAGUAAGAUUUUUUUAUUGGAAAUAUAUAGAUUUUAAUCGGUUGUCAAUUUGUUCUUUUAUUAUUGGUAGUUUCAGAAGCUGGGGUUCAAGUAAAAUCAAUAAUUCUUGUCAUAAAAGAACAAUAAAGUAUGCAUAUAUAUGUUCAUAUAUAUUGCAUGUCUAUUGUAAUAAAGGGGAUGGGUUGUUUUCAUGUAAGAUUUCUUGUAAUAAAAGCAUUAUG